UAAUAUUAAAUUAGACUACCGUACAACAGAACUAUAAAAAACAUACGAGUUUACUUGUUUGAUGAACAAGAUGAAUGAUCUAUCCAAAUUAAUAUUUUAAUAACACAAAAAGAAAAUCUGUCAUUCUUACUCGGCCAAAAUCAAGGAAGGGUAGAUAAACAUGUGACCCAAUCACAUUAUAUAGUGCUACAUAGAGCAUCUGUAGUAACACAAAGUUGACCCAAAAAGGGCUUAGCCUGUGUAAUAUACUAUAACCGGAGCAUAGCAUGGGCUCGAUGGAGGAGCAGCAGCGGCAGUGGGACGAGCCUUUGUUACGAAUACCAGAUGUAUCGUCGGAUGCGAUCGAACGUGUGUUGGAAAACAGUGGCGGAGGAGGAAUGAGGUGGUGGGCUAGGGUGGUCGGAUGGGAGUCGAGGCUUUUGUGGGCGUUGUCCGGGGCGUCCAUAGUUGUCUCGGUCUUUAAUUACAUGCUGAGUUUCGUCACCUUAAUGUUCACCGGUCAUCUGGGUGCACUGGAGCUGGCUGGUGCCUCCAUUGCUAGUGUGGGGAUUCAAGGCCUUGCUUAUGGGAUAAUGUUGGGCAUGUCCAGCGCGGUGCAAACGGUGUGCGGCCAAGCAUUCGGUGCUAAGAAAUACGCAGCGAUGGGGAUCAUUUGCCAAAGAGCAAUGGUGUUGCACUUGGGAGCCGCACUGAUCCUCACAUUUAUCUACUGGUAUUCCUAUACCAUCCUUCAAGCAAUAGGUCAAUCCCAAGCCAUAGCCUCGCAGGGGCAAGUCUUCGCUCGAGGUUUAGUCCCUCAACUUUACGCAUUUGCCUUCAGCUGCCCCAUGCAGCGAUUCCUUCAAGCUCAGAACAUAGUCAACCCCUUGGCCUAUAUCUCUGUUGGGGUAUUCUUUCUGCACAUUCUUCUUACGUGGCUCGCCAUUGACGUCUUCGAAUUCGGCCUUCUCGGAGCAUCUUUGACUCUCAGUCUCUCAUGGUGGUUUCUCGCCGUUUUCACAGGGCUUUACAUCGGUUUAAGUCCUUGUUGCAAGGACACUUGGACUGGUUUGUCUUUCAAGGCUUUUAAUGGCAUUUGGCCUUAUUUCAAGCUUACUGCUUCUUCUGCUCUCAUGCUUUGCUUGGAGAUAUGGUACAACCAAGGACUGGUGCUCAUAUCUGGUCUUCUUCCCAACGCUGAAAUCGCCCUAGACUCCAUCACUAUAUGCAUGAAUUACUGGAACUGGGAUAUCAACUUUAUUCUAGGCCUUAGUGCAGCGGCCAGUGUUCGAGUGAGUAAUGAGCUCGGGGCAGGCCAUCCGAAGCUAACCAGAUUUUCAGUCAUAGUAGUGACCGCCACCAGCAUCUCCAUGAGUGUAGUCUUCACUGCAAUCGUUUUGGUAUUUCGGUCCGGAUUGAUCAAAGCUUUCUCGAGCGAUACCGAGGUUAUAAAAGCCGGUUCCAGUUUGAUCCCAUUGCUUGCCAUCUCCAUUUUCUUGAAUGGCAUUCAACCAAUUCUCUCAGGAGUCGCCAUUGGGAGUGGAUGGCAACAUAUUGUAGCUUAUGUCAACCUUACAACAUAUUACCUUAUUGGUCUUCCAAUUGGAUGCCUUCUUGGAUUCAAAACUAGUUUAGGAGUGGCAGGUAUAUGGUGGGGGAUGAUAAUUGGGGUUGUUCUACAAACAGCAACUCUAAUAGUCCUCACUGCAAGAACAAACUGGAAUAUGGAGGUUGAAAAAGCUUCUGAUCGCUUGAGGAAUUCUGCCAAUGAGGAGACAUUACAGUUGAUUAGUGAUUAGAGUCUAGAGAUAUCUCAUUAAUCAAGGAAUAUUAGGUCUAAUUAUUGUUUUGGUCCCUGCAUUAAGCUCAAAUUUGAGAUUUGGUUCUUGAAUUUU